AUGGACUUGAUGGUUUUUGACCUCCAGAAGCUCAUGGCUGAUGAGCCUGAAUUCAGUUUCGAGAACGCUCCUAGAUUGAGCACUCAGAUGGCCCUUGGUAUCAAUGCUCUUCACAGCAUGGGCAUCAUACACCGAGACAUAAAGCCAGACAACAUUCUGAUAGAUUCCCACUACAACGUCAAAAUUGCAGAUUUUGGGGUCUCCCAUCUGCACGGGAUGCCUUUGGAACCAGGGGAAGGGUAUAUGUUGGUCUAUGUGGGAUCCCCCGCAUAUAUGGCACCUGAAGUAAUGUUUAACAAGGGUGACAAAUACGGAUGCACGGUAGACUGGUGGUCUUUUGGAUGCAUCCUUUAUGAGCUCAUUUCUCCAGGGCACAAGGCAGGCAUCAAGUCACACCCAUGGUUCACGAUCAACGGCAUGUCAGAAUUUGACAAUGCUGCCUAUUGUGGUUAG